AUGGAUACCGCCGCGAACCGGCGUUCAAUGCUGCCCACUAUUCAGACGACACAUCAUGGGGACACGCUCAGUACGAGUAAAAGCCCGGCAGACCUACGGAGCGUCUCGACACCAACUUUAGGGGGUAAGAGGCGGAGCUUCUUGACAAAGACCUUCAGGAAGGUCAGCAGCAGCUCCUCGUCCACCGAUCUUGCGUCCAUGUCCGAGGAUGCAUCUGGUGGCCUCCACAUGAAGUCGAAACGAGUCCUCCACAAAAACAACAAUUCUGGUGGCUCGACAUCAUCCUCCAUUUUGAACCGCCUCAACCGCCGUGCCUCCAAGGACUCUUCCACCAGCUCCCACUUAUCGGAGGAGACGCCAAACUAUCUCAGCCCUCAACCGCCGCCGAAUCCUGUCAGGAUUCUCAAGCAUGGACCGCUGAAGACCGACAGCCGCUUGUGGAAGUCCCGCGCCGAGUAUGUCGUUUUGACUGACGGGCAUCUCAUCAAAUUCAGCAGCGUCGAAGCAGCAAGAUCAAACUUCGCCGAACUGGCACCUCCAUCAGCACGCUUAAAAAGGUCAUCAACAUCGUCUUCUUUGAGUCAGGAUGGUUCACAUUCAGAUGGCCGGGUCGAGAUCCCCCUGUGCAGAAUCGUCAACAUCUUCAACGAAGAGGGCGUGAGUCCUCAUUUUGGGCUGGAUGUAUGGUGGUCCGAGACUUCUCCAGUGGUGUCAUGGGCUUGCACAAAACUAUUCUUCGGUGUGCCCCCAGAGCGAGACGAUUGGAUGUCCGAGAUUCGCCGUGCUACCCGUGAGUCUGUGGGCUCGUCCACCGUGCCAAAGGGUCUCAUUGCCUCAAAUGUUGAGUCCGCCAUCUACGCCAUUGUCGCGAAAGAAGAGCCAUCGUGCCUCGGGUGCCCGCUGGACAUCUUCCCGGUUGUCCAGCGCACCACUCUCUUGAGUUCCAAGGCAGAGAACCUCGAAACUGCAAAAAAGUCUCGUGAUGGGUCAUCGUAUUACCUGCUCCUCGGCCAGAACAAGUGCUAUCUUGUUCGGGUGGCAAGGACUUCAGUCUACAAGGCACCCCAGGAUAUCGAUAUCAACGCUGUAGUCUUCGGUUUGACAUCGCUGGUCCGCUUGAAGGCUACCAUGGUCCCGCACGAGGAGCGGUUUGUUCUUGGAUUCCGGUAUGUGUUUGUACUUAGUGAUUGGGGUCGCGAGCACACCGCUAACCCACAGAGGAGUUUACCCUGCGAAAACGAAAAGCGCCUCGAGCUCGCUAGCCGUUGGUACAGAGAGAUCGUUAUGACCUUUAUGAAGGCAGACCGUGCGGUGAAGCCGGCGUGGCCCCAGCACAUGCAACGCGACAUUUUUGACAUCCGAGGCCUUACUGCUCAGCUCCUGCUUCCAUCAGGCCAGGACUAUGGCGGACUUAAGCGAACUCUCGAAGCAUACUGCGCGACCUUCCAAUGCAAGGCUCCCGAAUGGACGGUGAAUUGGAAAUGUGAGCGCAGAGAACACUGCCCAGAGUUCCGCCUCCUUCCCGCCAAGGAACCUGUAGGAUACUCGGCCCUUCAACUUUUGGCCGUUUUCAAGGCCCUCCGGUUCAACGACUACUUCAAGGCACUGUCUUUCCGCGACGUUGACUUUUCGCCCCUUUGCGGCUUGACUGAUGUUCCAGGCUGGGACGAGUCUGUGGCAGAUGUUAACCGGGAUGGUCUCGUGAUAGAUAGUGGCCACCGCGAUAUCCUCAAAGCUGCGCCAUUGCUCUCUCAAGAGAUUCACGCUGUUGCCUUCACCUCCGGGUCGGUCAGGAAAAUCGACUUGACCAACGUCCUGGCUUUGCGGAAUAUCGUCGGCGUUUCGCGUGCUCGAGCUGGUUCCAAGAAGGAGCCCGAGGUUGUUCGGCCGAUUCUCUUGCUCCUCAGAACUGGCAGCAUUCCUUGUGAUACCCUGCUGGUCGGCGGAAACCCGCUGACCGCAGCAGAGGUUGGUGAUCUGGUCGACGUUUUGCACAUUCCCGAUCUUCUAAGGGAACUGGACAUAUCCAGAUGCAAUCUUGAUGAAAGAAGCUUGGAGGAAAUCUGGGACGCCUUGCCAUCUCAGGGAUACAAGAUGGAAGCACUCAACACCUCGCGCAAUAUCGGUCACGUCGACCACAUGGUGGUCAAGAACAACCUGUCCCACUUUGCUUGCCUUCGAAAACUCGGUAUCGCCGGCAAUUGCCUAAGCCAGUUCAUGGACCCCAUCUUUUUUGAUGAAACCAUCAUGAGGUGGGGCUUGGAAGAGCUGGAUCUUUCAAACAUCAACCUGAAUGAUGCCACGCUGCAAGUUCUUGGCAAUUAUCUGCAGUGUCCCGAGGCCAACUACCUGCGCAGGCUGGAUCUCAACAACUGCGGGAUGACGGGCACCCAAAUCGCUGAGCUAUUCCGCAGUAUGGGCCAGGGGAGAGUGAUGACGUGCUCCAUCAGCGGCAACUAUCUCGAGACUGGUACAGAAUCACUGUCAACUGCCAUCGCCUACAACUUCGGGCCAACAUCAUUGUUCAUGGAUAUGAUUGAAUUCCAGAACGAGGAGAACUACAUCAAGAUCAUCAAGGCAUUGUCCCUCAACCGAACCAUCCGACUGCUCAGUCUGGUCGGGACCUCGACUCCUGGGCAGGUCAGCGAAGUCGCUUGCAUGGCCGUGUCUGACUUCUUCGCCACGAAUCAGUCCGUUCAGUACCUGGACUUCUCUGGCUUCUCUGCCAAACUCGACGAGGGACAGCUAGGUCUAGGCUUCUCGCGCUCUCUUUCCGGACUCGCCGAGAACACAGCGCUGCGCCAUCUACGAAUUCGCAACCAAAAGCUGAACCUGAAUAUUGGUGACCUGGCGCACGCCAUCCAUCUCAACCAGACUCUUACAACUUUGGAUGUGCAGGAAAACAACUUUAACCUGUCGAAUUUGUCGCACAUGGUUCGAUCUCUCGACCAGAACAGCUCCAUCCAGGAAUUCUGCCCCUUUUCCCGCGCCGAGCUCAAUACGGCCAUCAAAUCUAGUGUCCAAAACGUGGGUAUGCCCACUAGCCAACCGUCCUCUGCUCGAGCUCGCCGAGCAUCCAAGGUUCUUUCAAAAGCCACGUUCGAGAGUUUCGCAAUGGAAAUGGACAAAAACAGUGCUCUCAUGCAAAACCUAAAGGACGAGUGGAGUGUCAAAACAGCUCAAAUUGAUCACAUCCUCGAGAGAAAUCGGACACUGUCCCUCGAGAAAGAAAUGGCUCGCAUGCAGUGGGACCCCCAGGACGAAGGCCAGGAGGAUUGGAUCACUCUCGAGCUCGGCAACGUCUUCGGCGGGCUCGCUGUCAAGGCCAUGAAGACUCGGCGUAAAGUCAUGCAGCCGGGCUACCGUGGAAGCGUGUACUUCGGUGCCAACACUCCUCCUUUGGAGCCUAUGGAAGAGUUCGGUGCUCAGGCGGCUCCGCACCAUGUCACCCGAGAGGAAGUUAUGGAAAGUCCUGCAACGGAGGGCGCCAGUGGCUCUUCCGGGCUUCCGACGCCUCCCGAGUGGGCACCGGCCGAGAGCCCUGUGAAAGGGUACGCCAUCGCCUCAAGCGUCCCUCAGUCUCGCGAUGCUCCUCGCAUCGUGGACGACAACGCUGAUGAAUUUGAUUUUUCUCUUUUGAAACACAUGAUCCAACACGGAUUCAACCUCGACGAUCCGACGCAGACACAGUCCAGUGACGUCGGCAGGAAAGCCGGGGCCUCAGUGUCGACCACGAGACUUCCGUAA